GUCGCCUAGCAACGGCGGGGUCCUUCCUGGCUCGGCGGCGCUCCGGGCCUAAGGGGAAGAAGAAAACCGCCGCGGAGGGCGCUGGGGGCCGGCGGCCGCGGUGCAAGAGGCGGCAACCGGACGGCGACGCGGGGUUGGCGCGCCCGGGGUCCGGCUUCAGCCUCUGAGGGGAGAUGAAUACGGCCGACAAGGCCCGGGUGGGGCCCGCGGCCGACCGGCCUGCGCCGCCCGAGGAACAAGAGGGCGAGGCGGGCGGGAAGGGGCCGGUGGCGGACCCGGCCCCCGGGCCCAGCGCCGCGUUCCGCCUCCUGGUGACUCGGCGGGAGCCGGCCGUGAGGCUGCAGUAUGCGGUGAGCGGCCUGGAGCCGCUGGCGUGGUCCGAGGACCAUCGCGUGUCGGUGUCCACGGCCCGUAGCAUCGCUGUGCUGGAGCUCAUCUGCGACGUGCACAACCCGGGCCAGGACCUGGUUAUCCACCGCACCUCCGUGCCCGCGCCUCUCAACAGCUGCCUCCUCAAAGUUGGCUCAAAAACAGAAGUUGCUGAGUGCAAGGAGAAAUUUGCCACCUCUAAGGACCCCACAAUCAGUCAGACGUUCAUGCUGGAUAGGGUGUUCAACCCUGAGGGGAAGGCUCUGCCCCCGCUGAGAGGGUUCAAGUACACCAGCUGGUCCCCCAUGGGUUGUGACGCGAACGGCAGGUGCCUCUUGGCGGCACUGACCAUGGACAACCGCCUGACCGUCCAGGCCAACCUCAACAGACUGCAGUGGGUCCAGCUGGCCGACCUGACCGAGAUUUACGGGGAACGCCUGUACGAGACCAGUUACAGGUUCUCUAGUGAGGCCCCGCAAGGGAGCCUCGGGGAUUUUGCUGAGUUUCAGAGGAGGCACAGCAUGCAGACCCCCGUCAGGAUGGAGUGGUCGGGCAUCUGCACCACGCAGCAGGUCAAGCACAACAACGAGUGCCGCGACGUGGGCAGCGUGCUCCUGGCAGUCCUCUUCGAAAACGGCAACAUCGCCGUGUGGCAGUUCCAGCUCCCGUUUGUAGGAAAGGAGUCUAUCUCUUCGUGCAACACGAUUGAGUCAGGCAUCACCUCUCCUAGUGUUUUGUUUUGGUGGGAGUACGAGCACAGCAACCGGAAAAUGAGCGGCCUGAUUGUGGGGAGUGCUUUCGGACCUGUAAAAAUUCUUCCCGUCAAUCUCAAAGCCGUCAAGGGCUACUUCACCUUGAGGCAGCCCGUCGUCUUGUGGAAGGAGAUGGACCAGUUGCCGGUUCACAGCAUCAAGUGCGUGCCGCUCUAUCACCCCUACCAGAAGUGUAGCUGUAGCCUCGUGGUGGCCGCGAGAGGAUCCUACGUGUUUUGGUGUCUUCUUCUCAUCUCCAAAGCGGGUCUGAAUGUUCACAAUUCCCACGUCACAGGCCUUCACUCGCUGCCCAUCGUCUCCAUGACGGCGGACAAGCAGAACGGGACGGUCUACACCUGCUCCAGCGACGGGAAGGUGAGGCAGCUGAUUCCCAUCUUCACGGACGUGGCCUUGAAGUUCGAACACCAGCUGAUUAAGCUGGCGGACGUGUUCGGCUCCGUGAGGACACACGGGAUAGCAGUGAGCCCCUGCGGCGCGUACCUGGCCGUCAUUACAACGGAGGGCAUGGUCAACGGCCUCCACCCCGUGAACAAAAACUACCAGGUUCAGUUCGUGACCCUCAAAACCUUUGAGGAGGCAGCGGCUCAGCUUCUGGAAUCUUCAGUUCAGAAUCUCUUUAAGCAGGUCGAUUUAAUAGACCUGGUGCGCUGGAAGAUUUUAAAAGAUAAACACAUCCCGCAGUUUUUACAAGAGGCUUUGGAAAAAAAGAUGGAAAGCAGCGGGGCCACCUAUUAUUGGCGUUUCAAGCUCUUCCUCCUGAGGAUUUUGUAUCAGUCGAUGCAGAAAACUCCAGAAGCCUUGUGGAAACCCACCCACGAGGACUCGAAAAUCUUACUCGUUGACUCACCUGGGAUGGGCAACGCCGAGGACGAACAGCAAGACGAAGGCACGUCCUCCAAACCGGUGAACAAGCCAGGCCUCCAGGAGAGGAGCAAAGAAGGAGACGCAGAGGACGCGGCGGCGGCGGCGGCGGCGGAGUCGCCCACUCAGGCCGGGGACACCGGAGGCCGCGAGCCCAUGGAGGAGAAGCUCCUCGAGAUCCAAGGGAAGAUCGAAGCUGUGGAAAUGCACCUGACCCGGGAGCACAUGAAGCGCGUCCUGGGCGAAGUCUACCUGCACACCUGGAUCACAGAAAACACUAGCAUCCCCACCAGGGGACUCUGUAACUUCUUAAUGUCGGAUGAAGAGUACGACGACCGGACAGCCCGGGUGCUCAUCGGACACAUCUCCAAGAAGAUGAACAAGCAGACGUUCCCUGAGCACUGCAGUUUGUGUAAAGAGAUCCUGCCCUUCACAGAUCGCAAGCAGGCCGUCUGCUCCAAUGGCCACAUUUGGCUCCGGUGCUUUUUAACCUACCAGUCCUGCCAGAGUUUGAUAUACAGAAGGUGUUUGCUCCAUGACAGCAUUGCCCGCCACCCAGCUCCAGAAGAUCCUGACUGGAUUAAGAGGUUACUGCAAAGCCCCUGCCCCUUCUGCGAUUCUCCUGUCUUCUGACACCAGCGACGGGAGGAUGGAAGGGCGUGCGCUGUGGCCUGAGAGCCGGGCCGCGCUGGAGUAAGCCCGGCCUCGGCGCGGAGAGCACUCUUCACGCCUGCACGUGGGCCCGGGGACGCCCUGUCCCGGGACUAAGGGGCGUCUUUAAAGUGACCGAGGGCAGAGAUUCCAGGCCAUCUUGAGACGAGCGUCAGCCCCGCUCCUCACCCAGGGAGGAGCACUUACGCCUCGAGUCUCUGGACCGAAGCCCCGUCACCCUCAGAACAGAGCGCGCCCUGCCGGGGAGGAUGCCUGAGGGCCUGGCGGGGCUCGGGCUUUCAUCCUGGCCUUGGUCUGGAGCUGCGCGUGGCUCCGGGGAGCUCCAGUGACCUGGUACGUGGUAUGCAGCGUCCCAGCGGAUGUUAAAUGUCUGAAAUGACACGCGGGCCUGACUGUUCUCAGCAAAGAGCUGCGUAUCUGCAUAUCCCGCCAGUCAUUGUUCAUGCGUAUUGGAAACAUUUUCUUAAAACUAUAUAUUUUUCAGAAGUUGAAGCCAAGACUAAAGUUGGUUUUAGUGUUUCAAAAACCAGCUGACUCUUGUAAGUUAAUAAUUGCUAUUUUUAAUGACCUCUCCCACGGCAUCAGGUGUCCUGCCCCACUCCUGUGUGUGUGUACACGCCAGGUACCCCCUCACCUGCGUCACAUUGCUCUUCAGCCUCACUGUGACGACCAGGCGACCUCUUUGUACAAAGAGGAAAAAGAAUGCCUUCUCCUUUUAGUAUUACAUUAAAACACUUAGUAUUUUAA